AUGGCAUCGCAACCCUCUCUCCUCGCAGCCACGGCCAAGCUUAACAAUGGCCUCAUCAUUCCCCGCAUCCAACUCGGCCUCUACAUGAUGUCCACCAAAGAGGCCACCGACUCAGUGCGAUCAGGUCUUCUCACCGGCUACCGUGCCUUCGAUUGCGCUCAGAUGUACCGCAAUGAGCGUCAAGCCGGAAAGGCCAUCAGCGACUUCCUCGCCAGCAGUGAGAACACGUCUGGUUUGAAGCGCGAGGAUAUCUGGUACACCUCAAAGCUCGCCAGCUGCGACGAGUCGUAUGAUGUUGUGCGACGCUCGGUGAAGAAGUCGGUUGAGGCUUCGGGUCUAGGGUAUAUCGAUUUGUUUCUUCUUCACAGCCCAUAUGGAGGAAAAGAGGCGCGACUUACCAGCUGGAAGGCUUUGGAGGAUGCUGUUGAUGCGGGCGAGAUUCGAGCUGCUGGUGUGAGCAACUUUGGUUCUGCGCAUAUUGAGGAACUUAUGGCAUCAAAGCCCCGCGUCGCCCCCGUCAUUAACCAGAUCGAAGUCCAUCCCUUCAACACCCAAGAAGACAUCCGCGCCACAUGCGCCAAGCACAACAUCGCCAUUGAGGCCUACGCCCCGCUUGCCCGCGCCGAGCGAAUGGAUCACCCAGCCAUUCUCAACAUGGCCAAGAAGUACUCUGUGACUCCUGCUCAAAUCUUUGUGAAGUGGGGUCUUCAACAUGAUUUCAUCACUCUACCCAAGAGUACCAAACAGAAGCGUAUGAUUGAGAACGCGGAUGUUGAUGGAUUUGAGAUCUCAGAGAGUGAUAUGAAGACUUUGGAUGGAUUGGAUGAGCACUUGGUGACCGACUGGGACCCUACCGAUGCACCAUAA